AUGGAAUAUAUCCGCAAGCUGCACAAGUACAAAUCGUUCCACUUUGUGGCGAGCGAUCCGGAGUCGGGCAACGCGGAGAUUGUUGAGUACAUUGAGAACUUCCUGCGUUUGAUAGGUGUUUCGAUUUUCAAGCGCAAAUGGAAUUUCUGCAAUAUCGUGUUCGUUGUUGGAAUGACGAUGUUCCCACUGUACAUGGCAUGUGUCUGCUACACCUGCUUUCUGUACCGGCACGACACCAGUAAGCUCAUAUUCUGUAUCACAACGAUGGGCUUCAAUUUCCAGGCCGUCGUUAAGAUAUUUUUCUUCACCAUUCGCCGCAGUAGGGUGCUUACAUUGAACGACUUCAGCACCGAGCACUACCGAUCUGUGAUGCGCGAGAGUGAUCGUGUGCAGGGUGUGAUUUGCAAAAAUCUGAGCCUUAUUUUCGUCAUCUUCAAGGGAACGUUUUACGUGUACCAGAUAUUGAUGUUAACGGCGUUGAUUUUACCAGUGAUGGUGUCCUUCUUCCUGGGGGACCUAAUUUUGCCGUUUGGUUUUAUUUUGCCAUUUGUCAACCCAGAGGAAACCACUGGAUACGUGGUAAAUUAUAUUUUACAGACAAUAAUUUCUUACUAUUACUAUGGCAUAUCGGCCGGCUCGGAUAUAGCUAUCAUCUACAAUCUGCUAACAGCCUCCGGGCAACUGGACUGCAUGCUGGCGUUGGUCGAAGAGCUGAACGAUCAGUUGACUCAGGGAACCGCACCUGCAGCAAUCCGUCGGAAGAUCGUGCAGAUCAUCCAGCUUCACCAGUUCCAUCGCGAAUACCUGAAGAAGCUGAUGCACUUCCUCUAUCUCUACCACGUUGGAGCCAUCGGGAGCACCAUCUUCUCGAUCAUCAUCUCGGUCUUAGGAUUCGUAUUGGUGCGUGAAUAAUAGCAGUAGUAGGAAGGCCCUUCCUUGUAUUUCAAACCGUUUACAUCAUUUUACAGCUUCGGUGGUACACGGGGAUCGUGGUAGGCGCGCUUGCUUCCUUACAACUGUUCUAUGUCUGUUUUCUUGGAACUUGCUUCGAAAUUAAGGUAUUUGGGAUAACGAUAUGUCUCACAUUGUCUCUACCUUUCUGCUAUAUGAUACCCUGUUCUAUCAAAUGCGAC